CUGUUCUUGCUCCCGUUCCCAGUUCAGCUUCCUUCCCGGCCCCGAGUCCCCCAGUUCCCGUUCUCCUCCCAUUCUUGGUCCCGUUUCGGCUUCUUCCCUGGAUCCAGCUCCGUUCUUAUUCCUGUUCUCGACUCCCUUCUUAGUCCCGUUCCCGGCUCUAUUCCCGUUCCCAUUUCCGGCCCCUUUCCGAUUCCUGGCCGCGCUCGCAUUCCCGUUCCUGCCAUGGCGGUCCGCGCCAGCUUCGAGAACAACAACGAGCUGGGCUGUUUCGCCAAACUCACCAAUGCCUAUUGCCUCGUGGCCAUCGGCGGCUCAGAGAACUUCUACAGCGUGUUCGAGGGGGAGCUCUUCGGGACUGUCCCGGUGGUUCACGCCUCGAUCGCCGGCUGUCGCAUCAUCGGGAGGAUGUGCGUGGGGAACAGACAUGGGCUGCUGGUCCCGAGCAGCACAACAGACCAAGAGCUGCAGCACAUUCGCAACAGCCUCCCAGAUUCUGUGCGGAUCCAGCGCGUGGAGGAGCGACUGUCAGCUCUGGGCAACGUCACCACCUGCAAUGACUACGUGGCUCUGGUUCACCCGGAUCUGGAUAGGGAGACAGAAGAGAUCCUGGCAGAUGUGCUGAAGGUGGAGGUGUUCAGACAAACAGUAGCAGACCAGGUGCUGGUUGGAAGUUACUGUGUUUUUAGUAACCAAGGAGGAAUUGUGCACCCUAAAACUUCAGUCGAUGACCAGGAUGAGCUGUCUUCCUUGCUGCAGGUCCCACUCGUGGCGGGGACGGUGAACCGUGGCAGCGAGGUGAUCGCAGCGGGGAUGGUCGUCAAUGACUGGUGUGCCUUCUGCGGGCUGGACACCACCAGCACUGAGCUCUCCGUCAUUGAGAGCAUCUUCAGGCUCAACGAGGCUCAGCCAAGCACCAUCGCCACCAACAUGAGGGAUUCCCUGAUUGACAGCCUGACAUGAGCAGUGUUGGUUCCUGCUUCCCAGAAAGCUUCCAAGGAGUGAAGUGUUGAGCUGCACUUUGGAUCACAGACAUCCAGACCUUCUGAUCAUGUUUCUGCAAGCCUGGCUUAAGGGAGAGACUACAAAACCAAAUUUUUGUCAUGUUUAUAAACUGUUACCACAAAAACUGACAAAUAACAUGCAUAAGAUAUAAAAUAAGGAAUGUUCUCUAUCCCUUUGCUCAGUUCUUCAGCUCUGCUUUCUGGUUUUGUGAUGCCAACUGAGCCCCUCAAAUUACCACACAAUAUUUACUCUUGUGGCUCUUGGAUGUUGAUCACUAGAGAUUAUUUUGCCUUAAGUCUUGCACCAGUGUCCUGCUGCACACCAAUUUGUUUUGGCACUACAUGUGCUGCCCUCUCUUUCUACACUCCUGCUUGAGUGGUGUUUCUGCUCUAGGUACACGUUAAAUCCCCUUUGUAUGUCCAGUGCCAAAAGCAGAGUCGUUCACUUGCCACAGAAUAAUUCAAAAGACGUCACCUGCCCUGAUUUGUAGCUGUUCCCAUGGGAUGGUGAUUCUGAAGUGAUCAGCUUGAAUAAAAACAAGUUUUUCAGUAUCAAUCCAACUGCUUUUAACAACAACAGUGUGGGAGUCCCUGCACCAGUGUUUGACCUGGUGUCACCUAUGCUGCUUCUGAGGCAUCUGCAGGAGGAGGCCCAAAGGGCACACUGCUGCCAGUGGGCUUAAUUUGUCCUGCAGGAGUUCACCUCCUAUAACAGGAAACUCUUAGAAAUCAGCAAAUCCCAAUAGAUUUGGAUCCCCUCAUCUGGAGUUACCUUGGAGACAAAUGUUAAAUAACACAGUCUUAAGCAGGCAGCCAUUCAGAGGCAACAGAUUUGAGAGCUUCCUCAUGAAGAGCUCUGCCUGUGCCAGAUGGAAAGCAGCUGUAGGUGCUACUUUGAGGCAGAAGACUAAUUUCUUUCUACACAGCUCUUGUUCAGUGAUAUCUCAUUUCAGCUGCUUUCCUGCUUGCCCAUUAAGGAUGCACUAAAGGUAUCAAAGUGCCUCCAUUUCCCAUCCUGAGGGUAAGAGGAAGCUCUCACUUGUCUCCACACAGCUGCCUUGCUCUCAGCUGGGUUCUCUUGGGGAAAUGAUGACCUGAGAUGGGCGUGAGCGUGGACAAGGUGCUUUUCAGUCCUGGUGCUUUUGGCUUUGUAGAAAAUAGAGUAAAUUUCCAUUUUUGUUUUACUGUCUAGAUGUUCAGGGAAGGCUUUGUAAGAUUUGGCUGAUAAAAGGUUACUCCUUAAACUUCAAAAUAAAGAUUGCCAUGAUCAUCUGUGAUCAGAUAUCAACCCUUUGAUAUCAUGCACCACUGGUCUUGGCUCUGACUCCAGGUGUCAUCCUCUCAGCCUGUCUCAGUGUUAGAGUGAGAAGCUGCUUCCCUUUGGCCACCUCACAGG